AUGGCAUCCACUGAUGAAACAAGCGCCUCGAAUAUAUUAAAACAGCCCAGUCAAGAUUCAUAUGCUCACGAGAAUGACACCGAGGGUAUUUUCAUUCACCAUGCUGAAGCAGUCUCCGAGCAGCGCGACGCGUAUGGCCCUGCCGGUCUUCGUGGAAUAACCGUCAAUCCCUACGUCGCACUAUGUGCAGGUCUGGCGGCGAUGGGGGGCUUGCUUUUCGGAUAUGAUCAAGGCGUAGUGUCUGUUGUGCUGACGGAGGAUCAAUUUCUGAGUCGAUUCCCACGCGUCAAUGGUGGAGCUGGAGGAUUCUGGAAAGGGUUCCUUACCGCCAUGAUUGAGCUGGGUGCGUUGCUUGGCGCCCUGAAUCAAGGAUGGAUUGCGGACAAGAUCUCCCGAAAAUAUUCCAUUACUGUUGCUGUAUGCAUAUUUACUGUAGGCUCUGUCCUCCAGACCGCUGCUGUUGAUUAUGCGAUGUUGAUCGUGGGCCGAUUUAUUGGGGGGAUUGGCAUAGGAAUGCUGAGUAUGGUGGCACCAUUGUAUAUCUCGGAGAUAUCGCCGCCUGAAAUUCGUGGAGCGCUGCUGGUCCUUGAAGAGCUUUCCAUCGUAUCUGGGAUCGUUGUUAGCUUCUGGAUCACUUAUGGUACACGUUACAUCUCGACGGAGUGGGCGUGGCGACUGCCAUUUCUCCUUCAAAUUAUUCCUGGGUUGUUCUUGGGUGUCUGCAUCAACUUUCUGCCCUUCUCACCUCGCUGGCUGGUGUCGAAAGGCCGAAAUGAUAAAGCAUUGUCUGCUCUUGCUAGACUACGUACGCUGCCGGCGACAGAUUCAAGGGUCAUGCACGAGUGGUAUGAUAUACGUUCAGAGCUCAUCAUGUCCGGAGUGCUAAACAUUACUCAGCUUGUUGGGGUGACCUCGAGUCUUUGGACUAUGGACCGGUUCGGGAGACGACCCCUCCUCCUGUGGGGCAGCUUCUUUAUGGCAGUCUCGCAUUUGAUCAUCGCAGUUCUGGUGGCUCUCUUGCUAUUCUACAUGCUAAGUUUUGGAGCAUCCUGGGGCCCUGUCCCGUGGGCCAUGCCCGCUGAGAUCUUCCCAUCCAGCCUUCGCGCGAAAGGGGUGGCUUUGUCAACUUGCUCAAAUUGGCUGAAUAAUUUUAUCAUCGGGCUAAUUACACCGCCUCUUGUUCAAAAUACGGGAUACGGUGCAUUUACUUUCUUCGCUGUCUUCUGCUUACUAUCUUUGGUCUGGACUUUCCUAUUUGUUCCGGAGACAUCUGGAAGAAGCCUGGAGGCUAUGGAUCAUGUGUUCAAAGACAUCAACAGCGAGGAGGAAGAAACGAGACGAAAAAUGAUUGAGCGCAAUCUUAUUGGAAGCAUACGUGAAGCUAAUGACUCGGGCUCUAAAUCCCCCUGA